AUGGCCAGAGGACCCGGAAAGCACCAGCACCGCCUGUCGGCACCUUCGCACUGGCUUCUCGACAAGCUGUCGGGCGCCUACGCCCCCAAGGCCUCGCCCGGUCCCCACAAGCUCAGAGACUGCAUGCCUCUGAUCGUCUUCAUCCGUAACCGCCUGAAGUACGCCCUCAACGGCCGCGAGACCAAGGCCAUUGUUAUGCAGCGCCUCAUCAAGGUCGACGGCAAGGUCCGCACCGACGCCACCUACCCCGCCGGCUUCAUGGACGUUAUCUCGAUCGAGAAGACUGGCGAGAACUUCCGCCUCGUCUACGACACCAAGGGCCGCUUCACCGUCCACCGCAUCACUGGCGAGGAGGCUGAGUACAAGCUCGGCAAGGUCAAGCGCGUCCAGCUCGGCAAGGGCGGCAUCCCAUACUUGGUUACGCAUGAUGCACGCACUAUCCGCUACCCCGACCCCGCCAUCAAGGUCAACGACACCGUCAAGAUUGACCUCACCACUGGCAAGAUCUCCGACUUCAUCCGCUUCGACACUGGUGUUAUCGCCAUGGCCACCGGUGGUCGUAACAUGGGUCGUGUUGGUGUCAUCACUCACCGUGAGCGCCACGACGGUGGUUUCAACAUCGUCCACAUCAAGGAUGCCAUUGACAACGAGUUCGCUACCCGUGAGAGCAACGUCUUCGUCAUUGGCCGCGAGAAGCCCUGGAUCUCGCUCCCCAAGGGCAAGGGUGUCAAGCUCUCCAUUGCUGAGGAGCGUGACCGCCGCCGCGCCCACGCCAUCGCUGGCAACUAA